UUGAGCACAUUGUGCGGCGCGGUUUACUUGUGUUUCACAUAGCAAUGAAUGAAAUUACUACUUAAAUUGCAUCUCCAUACUAAAACGACUCGUUUUCACAUAUAUUAGAGUUUGGGGUUUAUUUGUAUUUGCAUCCGUAGCACAUUACGAUCAUUACACGUGAUGGCUGGAAUACUGUUUGAAGACAUUUUUGAUGUAAAAGAUAUAGAUCCAGAUGGCAAGAAGUUUGACAGAGUUUCUCGCCUGCACUGUGAAAGUGAAUCUUUUAAAAUGGACCUUAUCUUGGACGUAAAUAUUCAAAUCUACCCAGUGGAUCUCGGUGACAAAUUCAGAUUGGUUAUUGCCAGCACUUUAUAUGAGGAUGGUACACCAGAUGAUGGAGAAUACAACCCUCAAGAUGACAGACCAUCUAGGUCUGACCAAUUUGAGUAUGUAAUGUAUGGAAAGGUUUACAAGAUAGAAGGUGAUGAAACUUCAACAGAAGCAGCUACUCGCCUGUCUGCAUAUGUUUCUUAUGGUGGUCUUUUAAUGAGGCUUCAAGGAGAUGCCAACAACCUUCAUGGCUUUGAAGUGGACUCUAGGGUGUAUCUUCUGAUGAAGAAACUGGCUUUUUGAGUGUUUAUGCUAAUUUGAAAACAAUGUAUACUUCAUUUUAUAAAGACAACAUUUCUACACGAAAAUAAUUUAUCAGUCAAUCCUGGUGUUACAACAAACGCCCCCACUGCUUCUUACUGUAAAUAAACAAUUUUUACAUA